AAUGUCGGAUGCUCGGGCAAGUGCGGUGAUCAGCGCGGCGUAGCACGGUUGUGUGUGGUGCCCGCUCGCGAGUUGAGUUUGUUUACUCCAGGCCGCGACGCAUGGUGCACGCUGCUCCUUGCUCGUCUACGAGGUGCGAUGUCGUAGAGAAGUGUUUCAGUGCGAUUUGGAUUACCCUCCACGUUUUGGAUUAACCCCACUUUGGAUUAACUCCCUCGUCCUGCUUCUGUAGAUAUAAGUCAAAGGCAAGAUGUCGGUGCUAGCGCUAGUGAGUUCGGUGGCCGGGUUCAUCAAGGUCCGAUACUUGAUGGACAAAGCGGUCAUCGACAACAUGGUCUUCCGAGCACAUUACCGAAUUACCACUGCCAUCCUCUUUCUCUGCUGCGUCCUCGUCACCGCCAACAACCUAAUCGGCGACCCGAUCAACUGCAUCAACGACGGUGCCGUCCCCGGGCACGUGAUAAACACGUAUUGCUGGAUCACGUACACGUUCACGCUGCCGCACCAGCAGGGGAAGCCGGUCGGCACCCACGUGGCCGCGCCCGGCGUCGGCGCCUACGUCGAGAACGAACACGACACCCGCUACCACGCUUACUACCAAUGGGUUCCCUUCGUCCUCUUCUUCCAGGGUAUCCUGUUCUACAUUCCUCACUGGAUUUGGAAAAAUUGGGAGGAGGGCAAAAUCAGGAUGAUCACAGAUGGUAUGCGUGGUUCCAUUGUUGGGCAUCAUGAGGACAUGCGAGAUCGACAAAGACGCUUGGUUCAAUAUGUCAUCGACACUUUACACAUGCACAACGUCUACGCAACUGGAUAUUUCUUAGCUGAAGUCCUAAACUUCAUUAAUGUGAUUAUGAACAUGUUCUUGAUUGAUGCGUUUCUGGGCGGCGCUUUCUUCACCUAUGGUACUGAUGUCAUUAAGUUCUCAAGCAUGGAUCAAGAGAAUCGAACUGACCCCAUGGUUGCUGUUUUCCCUCGAUUGACAAAGUGCACGUUCCACAAAUAUGGUUCUUCUGGAUCGAUCCAGAAACAUGAUGCCCUAUGUGUUCUAGCUUUAAAUAUUCUCAAUGAGAAAAUUUACAUUUUCUUGUGGUUUUGGUUCAUUAUUUUGGCUGUGAUGUCUGCAUUUGCCCUGGUGUACAGUUUUGCAGUUGUUACUUUACCAUCAAUUAGAGAAACUAUUUUAAUCCGACGAUUCAGGUUUGGAACGCCUGCAGGAGUUUCUGCCCUCAUUCGCAAAACUCAGGUUGGUGAUUUUCUCCUGCUUCAUUUACUUGGUCAAAACAUGAACAUGAUGUUCUUUGGAGAAGUUUUGGAUGAGCUGAGUCGGAGACUGCAUCUUGGGAACAACAUUCCGACAGCACCGUCAACACUAGAACUUAGCCCGAUAUACCCUUCAGAUAAACUCAAGCUUCAUAAGGAAACUGAAGCCUAGUUGCAACAUGUUUCACACAAAUAAGUGCAUUGUGAUUACCUUCGGUCAAAUUUUAUUCGGUAUUUUAAUUUAAUUAUUUUUAAAAUCUCUAUGAUGAAAUUCCAUAAAAAUCUAUGCUAUCAAAAAUCCCAAGAUAAGACUUCCCUCCCAAACCUAAUUCUAAAAUUCAGUAUAAGAGGAAACAUUGAGGCGUUUUCUUUGCCAGCUUUUGAAAUACAUGCUGAUAAAGUUUAUAUAGCUAGUGUUGAUUGAUCUGUCUUAGAAAUGUAGGAUAUGAACAAAAGCUAUGCAUUUAUGCCGGGAUAAGCAAUUAAGAAUCUCAGUAAUUAAGCUUGUUAAUUCUCGAAAAAUAUGUAAAAAAACACUGGUACUUAUGUUGUGAAAAUCUUUAAAAGAAUGGAGCAACCAGUUGAGAAAAUAAUACAAUAAUUUUUACUGAUGUAGGAAUGAGCGUGUUAAAAUUUGAUACCGUUUCAUCAAAUUUGUACAAAUUGGCUGAGAGCUACAAAUUCUUGGCAAAUUUUAUUGAGCAUGUUGAUUCUUGAUUGAGACAGUAAUUAAAAAGAUUAAUGGCAAAAAGGAAAUUAUUCAAUUUAGAAAAAUGGUAGAAUUGUGACAAAAGCACUCUCAACCGAUCUGAAAAACUUUCAUUUGAUUAUAAUUAAGAAUCCCUGUUAAAAAAAAUGAAAAAAAAAACAACAAUUUUUUUUUGAGGGAAAUGACAUAGUAUACGUUCAAUAACACCCACACACGAAAGACCAAAAAAAAAAAACUGAAAAAUUAAGUGAUGAUUAAUACAUUCCUGACGCUCAUUAUGAUAAGAGUUGUUUUGUGCUAUUAGCAAAUAGUUAACGAAAGACUGUUUAUUUUCUCGAUGUAAAAUGAGAUGGAGAUUACGGUGGAAAUAAUUUAGUGCUAAGUCAUAGAAUGCUCAUAUUCUGUAAGAAGUUAUAAUUAAAUUAUGUAUUUUAAUAUAAUUUUUAAGCACGAAAUCAAAUUGUAUAAAGUAUGUUCUUUUUUACUUUGAUUCUUUUAAAACUUCCAUUUUAGUUUAUUUUAAGUUUAAGUCAAUACUGUGACUAGGAAUAAUGCGGAUCUUUAGUUGAUAAAUGUUUUCUCGAUUUUGCGAUCCUGUGAAUAGGGAUUUAAGUAAAUGCCUUGUAUAAAUUUUAAACGAUUAAUUUUUAUUUUUCUUUAAAAAAAGUGGUUCAAGUUGUUCGAAACUAACACUAGCACAAACUGAAUUUAUAAUAAAAUGAUUUUUUUUUAUA